AUGGCAGCUUACGCAUCUCUAGUUUCUCUUUUGACUACAAUGGAUCAGAUCAAGAAUCACCCUCGCUUUUCCACUUCUGUCGACAAGAACCAGCUCGAAUCUCUCGGCGAAAAAAUCGGUUUCUUGUUAGAAUUCAUAGAGAAACAUACUGAUGGAGUUUUAGAGAGCCGGAUUGCAUGUGCAGCGUACGCGGCUGAAGACGUAAUCGAAUCUCAUGUGGUCGACCAAAUUAAACCUGGUAUCAGGACAAAGGUUGCUAAGAUCAUCCAUUCAAUGCGCCUAAAGAAGACAUGGGCUUCCCUGUUGGACCUCCAUAGUGUAAUAGAAGAAAUGGAUUCUAUCAAGAAAAAAGUUUUGGAGUUGAAAGAUGAAAUUGGAUCCAACGAACAUGAUAUGCAGCCCACAUGUACUACUACUUCAUCAAGUACACCUCUUAUUACCACCGGCAAGAAUACUAUGGUCGGUUUUGAGGAACAGUUGCUUCAACUUUUGGACAAGCUCACCGGCCAACAAUCUAACCGGCAAGUCAUUCCAAUCGUAGGCAUGGGCGGCAUUGGUAAGACUACUCUCGCCAAAAAUGCUUACGAACAUUCACUUAUUGUUCACCAUUUCGAUAUUCGUACUUGGAUCACAGUAUCUCAAAAGUAUAAUGUCAUAGAACUUCUCUUACAACUUCUUUCUGAAAAAAAUAGUCAAAUAGAUGAGCAGUUAUUAGGACAAAAGUUACAUAAAAUGCUAUGGGCUCGGAGAUAUUUGAUUGUAAUUGAUGAUAUUUGGAGUAUUGAAGCUUGGGAGGAGGUAAGUCGUUUUUUUCCAGACAACAAUAAUGGAAGUCGAAUUGUUGUGACUACGAGGAUAUCGAAUGUGGCUAUUUACUUCGACUCUCCGUGCUUUGAGUUGAGUUUUCUAGAUGAGGAUAAAAGUUGGAAACUAUUUUGUCAAAAGGCAUUUGAUCAAGUCGGAUGCCCUUCUGAGCUAGAGGAUAUUGGAAAGGAGAUUAUUAAGAAAUGCAAAGGGCUCCCACUUUCGAUUUGUGUGAUUGGUGGGCUUCUUGGAAGAUCCAAUAGAACGCAAAAAUACUGGAAAAAUAUAGCAAAAGAUUUAACCUCAAUUCUUAACUCCGGAGAGGAUGAGAAUUGCUUGAGUAUAUUAUCAUUGAGUUACACCUACUUGCCUGCUCAUCUUAAACCAUGUUUUCUUUACAUGGGUAUUUUUCCCGAAGACCAUAAGAUUUUCGUCUCUCGACUGAUCAAACUUUGGGUGGCUGAAGGAUUUAUAAAAUCGAAUCUAUCAGAAAGCUGGGAAGAGACUGCACGAGGUUACUUGAGUGAUCUAAUUGACAGGAAUCUCGUUUUGAAUCAUUGGUUGGGAUCGAAUGGAAGAAUUAAAAUUUGCAAGAUUCAUGAUCUCUUGCGAGAUUUAUGUCUAAAGCUAGCUCAUAAAGACGAGUUUAUCUGUGUGAUGGAGGACACCCAACGAGGAAUAGAAAGUGGGCGUCGCAUUGUAUGUAAUGAAAAUUUUAUAACGGCAAAGCAUCAUGAAUCCCGUGCCCUUCAUACUCUGCAAUUGGCACCACUUACCCGUACGUUGGUAACAAGCAUAGAUGGUCGAUUGCCCAAAAAUAGAUUGUUGAGAGUAAUGUCAUUCAACAAAGGAGCCAGGAAAAAAUAUUUAUGCCGGCAUAUUAUUGAUCAAGUUAACAUGCGGUACCUUGCUUAUUACAAAUUGACGAGAUCCUUUCCAGCUGACAAGCUUUCUUCGUCAAUAGACGUUCUAUGGAAUUUGCAAACAAUAAUUAUUACAGCAAACAUUGAAGCACUAUCUCAAAUUUGGAAGAUGCGACAACUCAGGCAUGUGGAUAUAUAUGAGCUACACCUUCCCAAUCCUCCUCGUAAUCGUGGACAACAACAGAGUGAGUUUGUUUUGCAAAAUCUACAAACACUUAAGACGGUAUUUAACUUCGUGUGGAGCGAGGAGGCUUGUGAGAGACUCGUCAAUGUUAGGAAAUUGAACAUAAAGUAUGUUAGCGACCCACAAAGGUCAAGUACUGAGUACCGCCUCUACAAUAUAUGCCGCUUGCAUAAACUUGAAUCACUUACUUGUUGUCCGUAUGAUGUGGAUAAUGUAUUGCAGAAGCUCACUUUCCCAAGUUCGCUCAAGAAGUUGUGUUUAGAAGGUAGCAUGAUUCGGUGGGAAGAUUUAACGGUGAUUGGCUCGUUGCCCAAUCUUGAAGUUUUGAAAUUGAAAAAUCGUUUGGUCAAAGGAUCAGUGUGGAACCCUGUUGAGGGGGAAUUCCUUCGCCUUAAAUUCCUCUUGAUACAAUGGAGUGAUUUGGUUAACUGGAAUGCAGACAGCUCCCAUUUUCCUGUCUUGGAGAAACUUGUUCUUGAAAGUUUGAAAAAAUUGGAGGAAAUCCCGUUAGAUAUCGGAGAAAUACCGACACUUGGACUUAUCCAAGUGCAUUGGUGUAGUGAGUCUGCGGCCAUUUCGGCUAUGAAAAUAGCGGAGGAACAAGAGAAUAACGGUAACGAAGAACUUCAAGUUCGAGUGUCGUUUGCCGGAAAGUACCAAUUAGAGAGUUUUCAAGAAAAGAUGAAACAAUCAGCGGAUCAGAACUUCACAAGAUAUAAUUUUCAAGCCGUUGCAUACUAG